GGCUGAAACGUGGCUGGGGCCUUCACCUCAACGUCGAAUCCACAGCAUCGCCGUCAACAGCAUCGCAGACUCAAUUGAUUCUAGGAAGAAGCGGUCGCGGAGAUGUCGUACUCGGAAGACGUGGUUGCCAGCAAGCUGUCGAGCGUGAAUGAGACGCAGGAGGCGAUCGUGAACAUCUCGCAAUGGAUCAUGUUUCAUAGAAGACACGCCGCGCAGACUGUAAAGACGUGGUCAAAAGCGCUGAACGAUGCUCCAACCCACAGGAAACUUGCGCUGAUCUACCUCGCCAACGAAGUAAUCCAGCAGUCGCGUGCCCGCAAGCGCGAGGAAUUCCUGAAAGCAUUCGCUCCAGUUAUUGCGGAUGUUAUUGAAAACACGUAUCGACAAACGAACGCGGAUUUACAGGCAAAGAUACGGCGCGUGGUCGAUGUUUGGCGGCAGCGCGAUAUCUUUGCCAGGAGUGUUCUCGACGAUAUACAAAAUCGACUUAAUGAUGCGGAUCAAAAGAAGCCAAAAGCUGCUGCUGGAUCACGUCGUCUAGGCCAAGGCAUGACGUUCGGAAUGGGUUUGGCACCCGAGAUCUCAAAGCUCUCAAGCUUACACGGCCAGGUCAAUAGCCGUGCGAGCACGUUUGGCGCGUCGUUUGAGAGCGCGAGCAAAUCGUUCAGCGACCUGGUGGACGCUGAAGCGUUGCCUGCGCCGACAGAGUACGCUUCGCGGAUCGAGUCUGUGCUGAAAGCUCUCGAGAGUGCGAAGAGUGCGUCUGCGGAACUGGCAAAGGCGCGCGAGGAGUUUAUAGGGCAGCUACAGUCGUUGGUGGACAUCAAUAAGGCUGCGCUGGAGGCCGAACGGAAGCAGCGAGACGAGUUGGAGGAGAAGGGAAAACACAUGCUGGGACUGAAAGAUGAUAUUCAGGAGAUGCUCUCCGGCAAACCAUCAGAGGAGGCGAACGGAAGCAGUAGCGGUAGUAGUAAUAGCAAUAGCACCGCGCCGGCGUCGAAAAUGUCGCUGGAGGAGUUGCUGGCGAGUACGGCUGCGACUGCUGCUGCCCUGGACGCGAAGAUCAGCGUGCCUGAUCCGGGGUAUUCGCCCAUAGACCCGAGCGUGAGUACGUCGGAUUCGAGGUCUGCGACGCCGUCGGCGGUCGCUGAGGGGUUGAAUCCGGAGAUUGCGAGGUUCCUGGACUCGUUGGGGGGGAAGAGUGGUGGAAGUAAAAGUAUAGGUGCGGAUUCUACAGCUGAGAGCAGUUGAGCUGCUGUAGAUGAGUGCAGUAAUUCAAUUGAUUUAUUGUAUUUUAUACAUUUGAUAGUAG